AUGCUUUCCCUGCGUCGUCAAUCUAGCUUCCUCGUCGGUGGUUCUGGCCUCCUCCUCAUCGUCGGUGGCUCUUUUCUCGCCUCCUCUCCAGUCGCUACUUACUCGGCUGGUGGGUCUAAGAAAGAACGUAGUUUGCUCGCGCCGGUGGUUCCAAGAAAGAAAUUUGAAGAUGAACGAGAUGUUGAAGAUGUUGUGCAAGGUCGAAAUGGUUAUGAUUUUGAUGGACAUCGUUUGCGGGUGGAAUUCGCUCAUGGUGGACGAGGAUUAUCAUCAUCAGACCAUCACAGCAGUUACAGUGCUAGUAGAGGUGGAGCACCUAAGCACACUAACUACAGAGUUAUGGUCACUGGACUGCCAUCAUCUGCUUCUGGGCAAGACCUGAAGGAUCACAUGCGACGAGACGGUGAAGUUUGUUUCUCAGAUGUAUUCAAGGAUCGUCGCUAUGGUGGCACGGCUGGAGUUGUUGAAUAUGCAAAUUAUAAUGAUAUGAAACGUGCUUUCAGGAAGCUGGAUGAUUCUGAAUUUCGUAAUGCAUUCUCUCGCGCUUAUAUCCGAGUGAGGGAGGACUCGAGGAGUCUGAGUCUGGAUGAUAGGUCGAGAAGCAGAAGCUACAACCGUGGAUGUAGUUAUAGUCGAAGCCGCAGCCGCAGCCACAGUAUAUCUCCGCAAAGAAAUUCACGCCGUUCUUAUUCUAGAUCUCCUUCGAAGUCCCGCUCGAGAUCUCCCUCUCGUUCUCGCUCUAGGUAUGUUGUUGCUCCUGUUACUCGUGCUCAUCAAUCACCUUAAGGAAGUAUAAUGACUAAUCAUAUAUGGUUAACAAGAUUGCAUAAUAUUGCGUCAUAUAUCUGGUUCAUUUCAGUAAACUGCUUAGCUUAUACCAACAUCUGGUUA